CGCGCCCUCUGCGGGAGCCCAAGUCCGAGGUCGGGCCGGAGCGGCCGGCUCACACGAGUGGAGGAGUGCCUGCUCCGGGCGGCCCGUUUCUCCAGUCCGCCAAACCGGCCCCUCUUUCACUUCCCCGGACGACUGCUGACCAGCUCUGCCCCGCAGGGUCUGCCUCUGUGCCUGGCAGGCAGGUAUUGCCCCAGGAAAACCCGUUAGUCAGAUUUUGUUGCCAUUUAUAGAAGCCUAAAGAUGUGCCAGGUACAUUGUGUCGGCUUGUUACACACAAGAGUUUCAUUUGAUGCCCUUGCAAAGGAGGUGUUUGCAUCCUUAUUUUAAUGAUUGAGAAACUGAGACUGGUAGGGCCAGGGUCCCACAGAUGCCACACGCUGGGACCCAGAUUUAGCCACGUUGCACCCUCCUUUCAUUCGUCAAAUUAAGACAUUAAAAUAUUGCAUUCAUUCAUUCAUUCAUAGAGAAAUGCUCCUCUCUGACCCAGAGGCUUUUGGGAGGAGAGGCUGCUGGGUGAGGGGCUAUACAGUAAGUAUGACGAUCAGAGGUUUGGAGCUAAGUCCUGGCCUGCCUCUUACCUCUAAUAUUCUGGUAAUAUUGUGCCUCAGUUUCCUAUCCACAAAACAGGAAUCACAAUAAUUCCUGCCUUACCUCCCAGGCUUGUAGUGAGGAGAUGGUGUGGUGCUGUUUUCCAAGUCGGAAAGUUGCAUAAAUGUUAUGAUUCUGCGUGGCAGGAGGGAGAAGGCGGUUGAGCAGUCCUAGGAGGGGCAGGAGGUCCCAGCUCUCUCCUGCUUCCUCCUAAUACCUGUGUUUCUUGAACACCGAUCUGUGCCUGGCUCCGUCAGAAGCUUUUGGUACGUGCUACCUUCUUUCGUCUUCUCUACAGCUCCGUGAGAUUGGUAGUAUCACUCGCAUUUUACACCUGAGAAAACUGGGGCUUGUGCCUACGUCACACAUCUGGUAAUGGCAGGGCAGAAUUGGAUGUCGUUGGAAGUCCAUCAGUCCCCAUAGCCCACGCUCUCAACCAUGAUGCUCUCCUGAGCACGGUUAGGUACCAUCCCCAGGACUCCAUCGGGCUCUUUAUAUAUUAUCUUGUUUUAUCCUUCUUGAAGCAGAAUAGCAUGGGGAGUACAAGAUCCGCUCUGGGGGUUGGAUGUCUGAGUUCCAGUCCUGGCUCUACCACAUACUGUGUGGUCUUCAACAUUUCACUUACUACUUCCUCAUCUGUGAAAUGAGGGUAAUUGUUACCCUCCAAAUGCUUAUUGUAAGGACUCCACAUGCAGCCUCUCAUUACAUCCUUACCGUAACCCUAUGAGGUAGGAGGUGCUAAUACCAUUCUUUCCCUUUGUAUUUUAGAGAUUAACAAGGUCAUUGUAUCAGUUGGUGUUUGGCUAACAGAGAUCCCUCAGUUGGAAGUUUGUCCCUCUCCAGUAACUAUUCAGGAUUUCAGAUAUUCCUCUAUUUUAUAUGUGCUUUCCAGAACAUCUCUUGUGGCAUCCACUACUUGGCUUCUGUGUUCAUGACAGUGUCCCCCUACCAUACCUGCAGGCCCCCAGGCAACGUGAGUCGGGUUCUUUUCCACAAUAUCUCUAGUUGGAGGUUGGAGGACAUCUGGAUCCUGUUUUUCACAGGCCACGAAGAUCACAUUAUAGUGCAGCUACAGAACGGUGAGGUCUGGGAGCUCACAAGUUGUCACAGAUUCCGGAGGGAUGACAAAUCUGGCUUGAACUAUGAUUACAGUGGCCGUAAGAGUAGCUUUCCUUGCAUGGAUGGCUAUGUCUAUGACAAGAGCAAGUGGGACAGCACCGUGGUGACUCAGUGGGAUCUGGUCUGUAACCGAGAAUGGUUCGCAAAGGUGAUCCAGCCUGUGUUUAUGGUGGGAGUCCUGCUGGGAGCGAUGAUUUUUGGCCACCUUUCUGACAGGAUAGGAAGACGAUUUGUCUUGUGGGCCACAAGCACUGGCAUAUUUUUAUUUGGCCUUGCAGCGGCGUUCUCAUUCGAUUAUUACAGCUUCAUGAUCGCACGCUUUCUCCUCGCUAUGUCUGGAAGUGGCUAUCUCGUGGUGGUGUUUGUCUAUGUGACGGAAUUUAUUGGCAUGAAGUCUCGGACGUGGGCAUGCAUCCAGAUGCAUUCCUUUUUUGCAGUUGGAACAAUGGUGGUGGCUUUGACAGGCUACUUUGUCAGGACCUGGUGGAUCUAUCAGAUGGUCCUCUCCACAGUGACUAUCCCCUUUGUCCUGUGCUGUUGGAUACUCCCAGAGACUCCUUUUUGGCUUCUCUCAGAGGGAAGAUGUGAAGAAGCACAAAAAGUAGUUGAUACAAUUGCCAAGUGGAAUAGGGCACGCUCCUGUAAGCUGUCAGAACUGUUGUCACUGGAUCUAAAUGGUCCCGUUGGUAAUGAACCCCUUGAAGUUAAGAAGCACAACCUGUUAGAUCUAUUUUAUGACUGGAAUGUUGGAACAAGGACCCUUACUAUUUGGCUGAUUUGGUUCACUGGGUGUUUGGGAUUCUACUUCUUCUCCUUGAAUUCUGUUAACUUAGGAGGCAAUGAAUAUUUAAACCUCUUCCUCAUGGGUGCAGUGGAAAUUCCUGCCUACAUCUUCAUGUGCUUGGGGAUGGACAGUAUAGGGAGAAGAAAAGUUCUGGUGUUCUCCCUUCUCUCAGGUGCACUGCUCUGUGGUGUCAUUAUGGUGAUCCCCAAGAAUUACUUUAUUUGGACUGUGGUGGUGACCAUGGCUGGAAAAUUUGCCAUAGGGGCAGCGUUUGGCCUCAUUUACCUUUAUACAGCAGAGCUGUAUCCAACCAUGGUAAGGUCGCUGGCCGUGGGAAGCGGCAGCAUGGUGAGCCGCGUGGGAAGCAUCAUGGCCCCGUUCUGCGUUUACCUCUCCAGCAUUUGGAACUUCCUACCACAGUUGCUUGUUGGGAUUUUGGCCUUCAUCAGUGGAGUGCUGUCACUAAUGCUUCCAGAAACCAUGGGAAGGCCUCUGGCAACGACUUGGGAGGAAGCUGCUAAACAGGAUACAGAAAAAGAUAGUUCAGGCAAAUUAUUUCCCACAACCAAUAAUACUGCGUUGGAAAAAAUAGAAGUGAUUGACUCAGGGGUUUCUGGUCUUAGUGAAUAAACAUGCUGUAUGUGCCGUCUAGCACCUGAAAUAUUGUUUACUUUCAUGACUUUGUAUUCGAGGAAUAUUAUUCUCAUCUCCUGAAUGUGACUUGUAUGUGUCUUUUAAAAAUUUUUUGUAAGAAAGUCUUAAAAUGAUAAUUUUGUAAAAGUAAAAGAAAUAAAACCAAGAUGAGAAUUCUCA